AUCGGAAGGUCGUAAAAAACAUGACACCUAUUUCGGAAUAAGGCCUCAUUCGCAGAAAUACACCAGCUUUAUAAAAUACUCACUGUCUUCCUGAAGACUUGUAGUAAAAAAGGUCUUCACAACUCAACAUCAGCCGAUAAAUUCAUUACCAAGCACCAUGCCUCCUUACAAACUUGAGUUCCCUUGCACCGUCGACGACGGUGCUGCGCUUGCUAAAAGCAACAUAUCGGCCUUUUGGGAACAAACUUGGUGGAGCAUCUUGUGGCCCAAUAGAACCCUCGAUUCUCUCAUUGAAGCUGCCGGCGCAAGAAUGCCUAAACUCCUAUUGAAGGAGCGCGACAUUCGCAGACAUCAAAAGGUCAUUGAUGUGGAGUCUGGUGAAAUCGUUGGGUACGCCAGAUGGUUCUUGCCGGCAUCGCGAAAGGGAGAAUGGCUUGAAGCGCAGACGCCGGACGUUAGCGACGAGGAGAAGAGAGCCUUUAAUAAGCCUUACGAAAGGGCAGACUGGAGCUAUCGAGAAGACAUGGGAUCUCUUGACGACCACAUCCAUCAAUGGAGACGAAAGUACGAGCAUGGCGAUGUCAUUGUGCUUGACUAUCUUGGCGUUCGUCCAGACCAUCACCGACGAGGUGUAGGGUCCAUGCUCGUCCAAUCUGGCGUUGAAAUGGCGAAUAGUCUCGGUUUGGACAUCCUUCUAGUGGCGAUGGGACGAAAGGCGCUCGGGAUGUACCUGAAGGCUGGGUUCGAAUUACUUGACGAGGCCUCUCAUGAUCUCACACCGUACGGAGCUAAUGAGAGCUACGAAACAUUCUACGUGGUGAAGCGGGCAACUAAGGAGUGAAUUGGUUUGGCUUAAUCUUAAUACUGACAGUUAUGGUGCGACAGAUCUAGUACAUGAAAUUAAUCAGAAUAAUACGUAUCUUUUCUUUGU